CCGGACUCCGCUCCCCUGAACGUGGCUGGCAGGUCGCUGGUGCUGAGGGCGAUGCCAGGCUCCGGGCGGCUGGGCAGCAAGAGGCAGGAGGAAUGCAACAGGUUCCGAGGGCAUCGGCAAUGAAAGUGCAUCAUUCAUCUGGGAACCCAGACAGUGUGCUAUUCAACUGUGGGAGGCACCAGAGACUUGCACUCUCUGACCGAAGUUGGACCUUCUGCUGGUGAAACGAUUCUUCCGAAUCCAGGUGGUCCUCUUCCCCUCUUGGUCAUCACAGAGUGUGCUGAUGUUCGCCACGCUGCUGUCGGUCGCCUUGCUUGAGCAGCUGCUGGUUUAUCAGGUGGGAAUUGUUCCCAGCCGCUUCUUCAAAGUUUUGGGAAGCAAGGAUCUGGUUGGAUUUCGAGAGCUCACUUCCAUUGCCAUCUGUCUUAUCGUGGCCAACUCUCUGCUGAAGAGCUUUGACCAAUACAUCUCAAAUCUGAUGUACGUCAGGUGGAGGCAGAGUCUCACCCACAACCUACACCAGAGCUACUUCAGGAGGAAGGUUUACUACAGUCUCAAUGUGCUCCACGGUGGCCUGGAUAACCCGGACCAACGUAUCAGCCAGGAUGUGGAGCGGUUCUGCAGAGGGAUGAGCACAAUGGCCACCAACCUCAUCAUCUCGCCCUUCACCCUGAGUUACUAUACUUACCAGUGCUUUUACAGUACAGGCUGGUUGGGGCCCGUCACCAUCUUCAUUUACUUCCUCAUUGGCUCAAUGGUCAACAAGGUUCUGAUGGGGCCGAUUGUACCGACCCUCGUCCAACAGGAGAAGCUGGAGGGAGAUUUCAGGUUCAAGCACAUGCAGAUCCGUGUGAAUGCGGAGUCAGCUGCUUUCUACCGAGCUGGGCGAGUGGAGCACGUGCGGACCAACAGGAUACUCCAGGAGCUGCUCCAGACACAGAGGAGACUGAUGGGCCGGGAACUGCGGCUCUACAUUGGGGUGAACAUGUUUAAUUACCUGGGCAGUAUUGUCAGCUACCUGGCCAUCGCCGUCCCCAUUUUCGCAGGACGGUACGACGCUCUUUCCCCAGCGGAUCUCAUUGAACUUGUCAGCAAGAACGCCUUUGUGUCCAUCUACCUGAUCAACUGUUUCAGCCGCCUGAUCGACCUCUCGACCACCGUGUCCGACCUCGCAGGCUACACACACAGAAUCGGCGAGCUGCAGGAGGUGAUCGCUCAGCUCUCCAAGUCGCACCGGAGAGGCAAAGGCUCAGCAGUCAAAGACCCACCCGAGUUUGAAGAGAGCAGUGUGGAUUCAGAAGAAGAGGAGGAGGGGGACUCCAGCCACACUGCUUUUACCCUGGACCGGGUGUCCUUCACCGCCCCCUCCUCCGAAGAGCCGUUAGUGAAGAACUUAACUCUGAAGGUCGCCGCAGGACACAGCCUCCUGGUCAUGGGCAACACAGGCACUGGGAAGACCACUCUGUUACGGGUACUGAAUGGAUUAUGGGAGAUUACCCACGGCUCUUUCCACAUGGAGACUUGCUUUGGGCCCCGUGGGAUUCUCUUUCUCCCCCAGAAGCCAUACUUCACCGACGGAACCCUCCGGGAGCAGGUGAUUUAUCCUUUGAAGGAAAUUUACCCUGUCACAGGAUCAGCAGAUGACAAGAGGAUCCUCCAGUUCUUGGAGGUGACUGGAUUGGAGUCCCUCCUGAAAAGGACCGGCGGGCUGGAUGAGAGAGUUGACUGGAACUGGUAUGAUGCGUUGUCUCCAGGAGAAAUGCAGCGGUUGUCCUUCACUCGACUCUUCUACCACCAGCCCAAGUAUGCAGUGUUAGACGAAGCUACGAGCGCCCUGACGGAGGAGACGGAAGCCGAGCUGUACCACAGUUGUAAACAGCUGGGGAUGACUGUUGUCAGCGUGGGACACCGCAGCAGCUUGGAGAAGCAUCAUGACUCGGUGUUGAAUCUGCUGGGAGGUGGAAGAUGGGAGCUGACUGAAGCCCAGCACCACAGCUGAAUUCUCCCAGGGCUGGGCUUGCACGCAAUCCAGCGACUGCCUCGUCUCACAGUUUCCCGCCCAGAGUGGAACCCUUACCUCACGUUGCCUCCCCUCCUGUUUUGCUUUUCGGGAGGGAGGUUUACGAAACUUUGGUUAACUUCGAUCAGUUUUACGUCAACGCCCAUGGGAACUCUGGCAGUCCCAUCUCUGUGGCUUGAAGAACAAUAACAUGCGAAUUUACAGUAUAGCAUUAACUUGGAUCAACUCCUUUAGAAUGUCCACAGGUAUUAAUCCUACCUCAGCUCCUGGAGGGAGGAGACUAAUUUUUGCUAAGAACCACUUAACAUUUUUCAGUGACAAACUGCUGUAAAGAACCUUUCUUAAACCAUAGCUUUAGUUCUCCAUGCCCAGGAGUCAAACCCAGCGUCCCUUUGUGUUUCUGUUUACAAACUAACGUUUCAGAGUGGGUGGAGAGGAAGGGUUGAUGUGGACGCAAAUUACUUGGCGUAUUUUAUUGAAAUGCACAUUGAGGAUGAAAUACUUGAUUGACACUCCAGGACCGUGUGAAAGUUAUUAAAUUCUUUUUUAAUUGAUUUUCUCUUGCUUGGGGCUGGGUAGCAGUUGGCCGGUGGUUGUGGCAUUGAACAGUCCAAGCUUGGCUUUAACGGAGCACCACAAGCAAGGUAGGGUGUCUGCAGCUGAAGAGAGUGUGGCACUGCCUGUGCUGACACCCAGAUGCCAGAGGUUUUGCACUGUAUUGUCCUAAUUUUGGUCUUACUGCUGUCCAUGUUACUGUGCUCUCUCUGAGGAUCGCAUAAUAGAAAAAAAAAUGACUAUGAUAAAACCACCUGGCAGAAGAUGGGUUCCACCUGUCCCUCCUUGCGUGGCAUUAACGUCAGGCCAAGUCGUGGAGUCAAACAGCAGGGAAACAGGCCCUUCGGCCCAACUGGUCCAUGCCGACCAUGUUUCCCAUCUAAGCUAGUCCCAUUUGUGCAUGUUUGGUCCACACCCCUCUAAUCCUUUCCUAUCCAUGUACCUGUCCAAGUGCCUUUUAAAUGUUGUUAAUGUGCCUGCCUCAUCCACUUCCUCUGGCAGCUCAUUCCAUAAACGGACCACCCUCUGGGUGAAAAAGUUGCCCCUCGGGUUCCUAUUAAAUCUCUCCCCUCUCACCCUAAAUCCAUGCCCUCUAGUUCUUGAUUCCCCAACCCUGGGAAAAAGACUGUGUGCAUUCACCCUAUCAGUACCCCAAGUGGCUUAAACUCAGACCCCCAGAAGCCAACCACUUUGCAGAGCUACUGUUGUGUUGUCUCUAAACCACCAGCCUCAGGAGAGAAAUGAUAAUCUAGGAGACCCAGGGAAAAAAAUACAGAUUUUUUUUUAAUCAUUAACUCCAGGAUAGACAUUAUAUCACAGUACUCCUUAACACCCAUCAACACACCUUCACUGAAUCUCCUAAUCAUGUUAAACUUGUAAAAUAAUUAAAGAAAUUUUAGUAACAA